GGGUUUUUUUGGGAGGGGGUGUCUAAAUGUAAUCUUUUUUGAUAGGCUCCCCCCUGCAGAAAAUAUACAGCAGCGUCAAGUUCGCAGCCAAUUGGAGAGGGUUAGAGGGCCCUCCGAGUUAAAAAGUAGAGAGCCCUGCCUCUGGCGGUGAAGUUCAGCGAAGAGCUGCUCCUCAGAUCUGUGGGAGGAUGUGGGCCGACUGAUUAUUUAUGUCGGAGAGAAGUUGUGCCGCGUGCUUCCAAUAGACUCCGGAGACUUUUACGCACAGGUGAGGAGCUGGAUGGGCGCAUCUGGACAGCUUAAACUGGGACUGCGCAAUCUGAAGAUCAGAGGGUUAUUUUGGAAAGGAUUCAUGACGGAUAACAACCCAGAGCUAUAAAUACAACAGAUUAGUAACGCAUGGUGGGGAGUCAGGCGCUCCAAAUGGACGGCGGUAAUUGCUCCAGUUCGGUGGUGGAUGUGGAUGACAGCCCGGUUUCCAGCCCCAGCUCCAGUCCCAGUCCUGACGGCCGUCGUCGCGGUGAGCUCCACCGGGCCAGGGCGCUCCAGAGCGGCGGCGCACUGGGCGGCAGAGGGCGGCCGGCGGCCGCUAACGCAGCGCGGGAGCGCAGCCGGGUGCAGACCCUGAGGAACGCCUUCUUGGAGCUCCAGAGGACUUUACCGUCAGUACCGCCGGAUACCAAGCUGUCCAAACUGGACGUGUUGAUACUAGCCACCACCUAUAUUGCCCAUUUGACUCGAACACUGCAGGAGGAAGGAGCAGAAGAAGGAGAGAGCAAACAAACAGAGGCGUUACACUCACUGAAAGGUGAAGGAUACCUGCACCCUGUGAAGAAAUGGCCAAUGCGAUCCAGAUUAUACGUGGGAGCAACUGGACAGUUCCUGAACAAUCCUUCUGAUUCAGAGAACCAGGGCCCAUCUUCCUCCUCUCAAUAGGCCUCAGCGAUGGGACGUUUGCAUGAGCUUCCAAAAAAAAAAAUCUGAUUGUCUUUCCACUGCAGCUCUAAAAUGAUGUAAAUUAAUAUAUUACGUGACUUUAAUUGUAUAUAUAUAUUUUGAAAACAAAGCAUGUAUUUUGUUGUCAUUUAGUUGAUGAAUGCGCCACGCAGUUCCACGCACGUCCCAAAGUCUGAUCUCUGCAGAAAUUCCGUGGAGUCCGUCAUGCUUGAGCGUGCACUUUGACUUGAGACAUUUGCACUAAAUGCAUGUGUGAAUAACUUAGAAUCCGUCAUGUGAAGUGGUCUGUCAGAGGGUCCGACAAAAGAGGCUCUCUAUCUCAUGUUUCUUCUUUUCUUUUUCUUUUUUACAUGCAUGGUUGUAAAUGUAUUUGUGUGUGUGUGAAUAAAUUAGAAGAGAAUGCAAGGAGAGUCUAAAGAUUUUUAGAAAAGCAUAGCUUGUUACUUUUAAAAUUUGGACAUUGUUUUUUUUUAUAAUCGCCUACUGGUUUUAUAGCGGGCUAUUGCAUUCAGUCUAAUAUAGGAUUCCUUUUGUUUAAUAUAAUCAAAUAUAUAAGAAACAAUAUUUGCAAAUAUGUUUGGUAAGGUUUUGAAAUAUUGCAUUA